UCAUCACUGUUUUUACCACGUAUACACCGCGUAUUGCGAUCUGUGCGUUAUUCACAUACUCGUUAGGCACAAUUUGUUGACGUAUUACUUGGUACGUGAAAUCGAAUGCAAAUUUAUACAAUGAUAUCGGAUAAUUAAUGUUUUGUACUCGCGGGAUAUUUACGUGGCAGACGUUUGCGACGACAUAACGCAGCAAAAGAGAAGUGGUGGCGAGCCAACUAAGGGAUAAGGAUGAGAACGUACAGAAAUAUAAAUGAUACACCCGAACGUUCGAUUAUAAUCUCUGUAGUACAAAAUGCUGAUCGAAUAAUCCCUUUGACCCUUCUCAUUAUGCGCGUACGGCGCGUUCAAUAAGUCAAGUGGAUCAGGUGCAUGAGAAUUUAAUUUCCAUUGAAUAACACACGCUGCACUCUUAUACGCGCGAGGUAUUUCUACUUGACAAGAAUGGCUGAAUGGCACAGGUGUCCGGAUCAGAUCUACGGAUUAAUCAAUAAAAUCAAUAGAAGCAAGUAUUUAUCGAACAAAAUUACGUAACGUCGUAAGCGCGCACACCUGUGUUUUUUCGAAAGCCUUUCAUCUUGACAAAACGUGCACUGCUUUUGAUGCAGUAUAUGUCUAUAUAUCUAUAUAUAUCGCGUGCGCGAAUGGAAUUUUGGUAUUGCGUUGCCAAGUACUAUCGAAGGAGCUGACCCUGAUUACGAGAUGAAUCGUUGGAUACUCGUUUUCGCGGCGUUAGCUGCUUUGGCUUCGGCUGCCGACUCGGAAAAAAAGAUUGUAUGCUACUUCGGUAGCUGGGCCGUUUACCGACCUUCUGGUGGCAAAUUUGACAUUUCUUACAUUCAGCCGAAUCUUUGCACACACCUGAUCUAUACUUUCGUCGGCAUUAGUACGGAAGGCGACGUCCGAGUUUUAGAUUCGUGGCAAGAUCUUCCCGACAAUUGGGGCAAGGACGGCUUUGGCAGAUUUAAUAAGCUUCGCGAACAGAGCCCCGAGACGAAAACGCUCAUCGCUAUCGGCGGAUGGAACGAGGGAUCCGCCAAAUACUCGGCUGUCGUCGCAAAUCCGACUAUUCGUGCUCGAUUCGUCAAGAACGUCGUUGAAUUUGUAAAGAAAUACAAUUUCGAUGGCUUCGACUUCGAUUGGGAGUACCCGAAUCAGCGUGGUGGGAAGCCGGAGGAUGUGCAAAACUAUAUAAGCGUGCUCAAGGAACUCAGAACCGAAUUCGAUAAACAUGGACUUAUUCUCAGUGCUGCCGUCGCCGCUGCCGAGCCUUCCGCCUCCAAGUCCUACGAUAUCGCCGCAAUGUCCAAAUAUCUGCACUUCAUCAACAUUAUGGCGUAUGAUCUCCAUGGCGCUUGGGAGAAAGUAACCGGUCACAACGCUCCACUUUACAAGCGCAAGGACGAGUCUGGAAAUGAUCUUAAGCUUAACGUCGACGCGUCCGUACGCUAUUGGUUGGACAGUGGCUGUCCGGCCGAGAAACUAAUCCUCGGGGUGCCGUUCUACGGUAGGGCCUUCACUCUCGCCGACAAGAGUCAGAACGGCCUUGGAGCACCUACCACCGGACCUGCUGCUGCCGGCCCGUACACUCGCGAGCGUGGAAUGCUCGGAUACAACGAGAUCUGCGAGUUCUUUAAGCAGGGUGGCUGGACCGUUGUUCGUCACCAAGAGCAUCGCGCUCCAUACGCUUACAAGGGCGAUCAAUGGGUUGGCUACGAUGAUGUAACUUCUCUUACUGAAAAAACUGCCUACAUCAACUCCUUGGGUCUUGGUGGCGCAAUGUUGUGGAGUAUCGAGACUGACGACUUUUUCGGCAACUGCGGCGAAAAGUAUCCUCUGCUGAAAACAUUGAAUGCCGGAUUAAGGGGAGGAGAACUGCCUAAGCCGACUGAGCAACCUCCGCAAACGACGCAACCUCCGCAAACGACGCAACCUCCGCAAACGACCCAACCACCGGUGACUGCACCUCCCAGUGGUAUUUGCAAGAAGGAAGGCUAUGUCCGCGAUGAACAAGAUUGCAGCGUAUUCUAUCUGUGCUACAAUGUCAAUGGCGUUUACCAAAUACAAAAAUUCACGUGCUCAAGUGGAACAGUCUUCGAUCCUCGAAUCAAUGGUUGUAAUCACAAACAUCUUGUUGACGGAUGCCACUAAUUAUAACGAUAAUAAACGGUAACAGAGUACCGUGCUAUGUAACGCUUCUACGAUGUUACCUUACCACUUGUCAUACAGCCUGAAACAUAAUAAACAGAUGUGUUUUUACGCUC